AUGAAUGAAAUAAUUACUUUGUAUUCAUUCGCCCUGUCCCACUUAUUUGAACCUGAUUCCUCCGGAGAUCUUCGCCUUAGUUGCGAAGUCGGGUUACUGGUUGAAACCUCAAAUCCUAAGGGUACACAGAUACAAGCUCGCUUUUGCGCUUUCAGUAUGUUGACGGCCGUCCGCGAUAAGCUUGCAAGAUGUUCAAUUGUGUUGGCGAGCACUUCUCCCCGCCGCAAAGAACUCCUCUCCACUUGUAAUAUCAACUUCACUGCACUUAAUCCAAAUGUUCCUGAGGAUCUGAAUCCGGAUGACUUUCCCAGCAUCCCAGCUUUUGUCGAGGCCCUUGCCACAGUCAAGGUCAAGGGCGCCCUAAAGGCUCUUAAGGAGCAUGCUGAUAUAAUUAUAGCCGCAGAUACCGUGGUUGUUUUUAAAAACAAGAUAAUGGGCAAGCCUCUAAAUGCAGAUGACGCCUCUAAAACUCUUAAAAUGUUAUCGGACCAGGUUCAUGAAGUGCACACCGGAGUGUGUAUUGCAUGGAUGCAUAAAGAGCCACAGUUUUGCUGCUUCAAUGAGCGCACGAAAGUCUACAUGGCAAAAUUGGACCAGGACACGAUUGAUAGCUACGUCAAGACGGGGGAACCCCUUGACAAAGCCGGCAGUUACGGUAUCCAAGGUAUUGGUUGCAGUCUGAUCCGUGGGAUCGAAGGUGACUAUUUUAACGUCGUCGGCCUACCGAUUCACAAAAUUUGCAAACAUAUAUACGAAAAACUAAUGAAUGACGCUUAA